GUCCCGCCUCCAGGCUCACGACCCAUCGCUACCCCACGUAUCCGUCGAACCGACUCCCACCGUUCGCACUCCUCCCUCGCCGUCCAGGCCCCGUCGAACAAGCAUUCCAGCUACCCCCAACCCACCUACGACAUGCGCCCCGCCCCAUACCAGCCGACGUACACCAGCAUCCUGCCGCCGGCCGACAUCCCCACCGCCUUUUGCGAUCUCGACCUCGUCGUGCUGCGCGCCAACCGUCCCUUCAAGCAAAUCAUGUCGAACGGCGCCGAAGUCACAGGCCUGCACCUAAGCCAGCUGGCCAUCGCCCUGGACGCACAGCGCUUCACCGCCCUCCAAACCGCCCUGACAGCGGAGAAGGACACGCGCGAGCCCUCCUACCUCCCUCCCAUCGUCGGGCCGGGCCAGGACCACCUGCACGGCGUGUCGGAGUUGGACGUCGACAGACUGACACACGGCUUCGAAGACCGCACGUACACCUGGGCGCGCAACGACGGCCGGCCCAUGCUCGAGAGCUUCCCCGCGCGCGUCCGCCUGGGCAAAGCAUUGAGCUACUUCGUCGUCGUGACCCUGCCGUCCUUCCGUCCGUACCUGCCCAUGAGCGGCGGGAACGGCAUGGCGCCGCAGAACGCAGGCUACGCCGUGGCCCCGCCGCCUCCGCAUCAGCAUCAAUCCAUCAUGUCCAUCCACUCACCCUCGCCAUACAACGCCCACUACCCGCCGGCGCCCCAGCACCACCAUCAACCCUCAAUGCGGUACGGAACCACCUACCCACCUUCCCACUACUCUCCCUCAACGCACCACAUGCCCUCCUCGGGCGCCGCGCCGCGUCUCCCCCCGCCAGCAACCGACCAACAACAAGCGCAAUACGCCGCCGCCCCGCACUACCACCUCGACAAACCCCCCUACUACCCUCACGGCCGGCCCUCGCCCACCUCCUCCGCCGACCUCGCCGCCUCGCCCGUCGGCCUAGGCGUGCAACUCCCGCCCAUCGGGAAACGUCUGCACAGCCCGCCGCACAUGCAUUUGGGCCCGUUCAGCCGGAGCGUGCAGCCUGCUUACCAGGCCUCGUCGCCGCCUGAGGAUGCGGACGAGGCGGAGAGGUUUGGGGUCAAGAGGCGGCGCGUCGGGAUGGGGAUUGACGAGGUGUUGCAGCCGUGAGAGUGGGAAGAGGCGGUGUGGGGAUGAUAAACAAAGUCGCGUAUUUGGAAGUUGGCAGCUGGUGUGGCGCAGGGGGGCGGCGCGGAUCUUGGGGGCUGGAGGUCGGAGUGGGCUCCGAUGUCCUGACCUUUCUCACACACUCUCACACUAAACUAAUGAAUGGAUGUACGAUUAAUCAUUUGCAGCACGUUAAUGGCA